UCAGUAAAAACAGUUACAAUUCCAAAAUGUUUUCUUUUUUUGCGAAACGUUUUCUGAAAAUAUGAAACUUCAAGAUGACGUAAAGCGAUUGAAUUCCGUAGCGUUCGUUAAUGGAACUUGUAGUUCGUUUACUUCUCAAGUAUGCUAUUUGCAAUCUGGAAAAUGUGUUAAUGGUUGAUCACAACACUGUUACCAGCUCUUACAUCCGGAGUGAAGUCCGCAAGGUUCUCUCUUUCAGGCAUUUUAAAAAAAAAAUGAAGUUAAUAUUGACGCGAAGGCUUUUGAGUUAACUACAACUUUUGCUUAAAACAAAACGGAACUCAACCUACGUGUCGCGUUGAAGAGCGUUUCGAGUAAACAUUUGCUCUUGCAACGUUGGGUACAAGGUUUUUUAGCUAAAACGUUUGGUUGGACGGAAUGAAUACACUCUUGUAGACACAAAAAAUAACGUGUCUGUCUGCAGUCGAAACAGAAAGAUUUUAGAUUUGCAAAGACUUUCAAGCUAAAAUGAUUGCAUCUACAUUCAGGGACUGUCAGGCUUGGAGGGCGGAGGGCCUACCACUGACCACUUCCAGCAAUGAGGCCUGCAAAAUAUAUGAUGCCAUACUCACACAGUAUGUAACCUGGCGCAAUGAUGAGAGCCUUGGAGGAAUUGAAGGGUGUAUCUCAACAGUCAAAUCAGCUGACCCUGACUUUGUGAUGGGCCAUGUGAUCAGCACAGGCCUGGAGCUGGUGGGGACAGGGAGUUCGGUGCGUCUGAAUGAGCGACUGGCCAGUGCUGUGAAGAGGACGGUGGAGCUCGCCCAGAGCCAAGAGGACAUCACCCCAAGGGAGAGGCUUCAUGUCAGGGCCAUAGAGCACUUCUCCAAGGGGAAUUUCCCUAAGGCAUGUGACCUGUGGGAGGAGAUCCUGGUGGAACACCCUACGGAUCUGCUGGCUCUCAAGUUUGCCCAUGAUGGCUUCUUCUACCUUGGGGCCCAGACUCAGAUGAGGGACUCUGUGGCUCGGGUGCUGCCCCACUGGAAGCCCCACAUGCCUCUUUAUAGCUACCUGAAAGGUUUGUAUUCUUUUGGACUUCUGGAGACUCACUUCUAUGACCAGGCAGAGAAGAUCGCUAAGGAGGGUCUGGCCCUGACCCCGGACGAUGCCUGGUGUGUCCACUCUGUAGCCCACGUCCACGAGAUGAAGGCAGAGGUGGACAAGGGUCUCAAGUUCAUGGAGAGCACAGAGAAAGACUGGAAGGGAUGUGACAUGCUAGCCUGUCAUAACUACUGGCAUUGGGCUCUGUACUUCCUCGAAAAGGGAGAGCAUGAGGCGGCUCUGAAUAUAUUUGACAGCCAGGUGUCUCGGCGUGGUAAGGCUUCAGGGGCCAUGUUGGAUAUAGUUGAUGCCUGCUCUCUGCUCUACAGACUGGAGAUGGAAGGUGUGUGUGUGAAAGACCGCUGGCGGGAGCUGCAGCAGGUCACAGAGCCCCACAUGGACGAUCACGUGCUGCUGUUCAACGACCUUCACUUCCUCAUGUCGUCGCUGGGAGCCAAGGAGUCCGGGGGACUGGCCCAGUCCCGCCGCCUGCUGGAGGGCCUCCAGGAGCUGGCCAAAUCUCCAGAGGAUAACUACCAGCAUCAGCUGGCUGGCGGUUUGGGGCUGCCGAUGUGUCAGGCCAUGGUGGAGUACGAACAGGGCAACUACCGUCGCACCGUGGAGCUCCUCCUGCCCAUGCGUUACCACGUGACGCAGAUAGGGGGCAGUGAUGCACAGAGAGAUGUCUUCAAUCUCCUGCUGAUUCAUGCAGCCAUGAAGUCUGAAGAGACUCAUCACCACAAAUUAGCCAGAUCUCUGUUGGUGGAACGGGAGGCAAUCAAACCCAACUCUCCUCUCACUGACCGGCUGAUUCAGAGAGCCCAUGUCCUUCAUCAGAGAGCCUAGGAUCAGACAGACAAAUCUGGUUGUCACCAGGUCUGGAACAGUGGCUGCUGUGGAGGGACCCGCCCCAAAUUGACUGGACGUAUCCAAUUCAUUAUUUUUGCUUUUAUUUUAUAAGUACACAGACCUGCAAAAUAUUUAGAAUCUAUAUAAUCUACAUGGUCCAAUAUGAUACUAUUCAACAGCCAAUAAUAUCUCUCUGCAACCUUUUCUGAAAUGCUAUGUUUAAUGGAAUAAUAUUCUAUUACACUGUAAAUAUGGUAACGUAUAGACCAAAGUUAAUUAGCAAACGUGCAUUGAACUACAAAUAGUUUUCCAUAAAUAAUAUGAAGCCAAUUUAAAAACAAAAUCAAAACCAAAUAUUGUAAUAAAAAAUCAAUAAAAAAU